ACACAAUUGUCCGUACUCUGUAUAAUAUUGUAGUUACAGCCGCCACCCAGUUGGCAACGAGCUUUGUUAGUACUUUGACACAAAACAUUACUAAUUAAAUGUAUCUUUUUGGAGUUAUUAUAUUUUAAGAAAAUUACAAAAAUAUUGACAAAGUUCGACAAUCCGCGUAUUUAGUUCGAGUACUUAUAAAACCCAUUUUUUUAACUGAAAAAUACUAAUCUUCGAAAUAAUCAUUGAAAUAUAAUUGGCCAACAAUAUAAUGGCCAAAGAUCAUUCGACCGAUACUAUGCUGAUGUACGAUGAAGACAUCUCGUCAUUUUGCCAACAGACGACUAGAAAAAAGAAAUUGACCUUAACGCCAGAAUUGCGAAGAUCAUCCUUUGCUGCCUCCCUAAAGACACAGUGUUGUUACAGCAAUUCAAGGCUGGUCAGCCUGAAUGGACUGGACAGCCUUAAGAAUAGCACAAUGUCUUUGGACGACAACGUGGAUUUGAUCAACGAAAAAAUAAUGUUUGAGCGGCAACUUUUUCAAGAUUACAUGAAUGAGUUGCGCAGUCAAGCGGUACAGUUGGAAGCUGAUAUAUACUUAAAAUCUACUAGGAUUGACGACUUACAACUGUACAACUGUGAAAAGCUCAACGUAAUAGGAUCCCUGGCUGCAAUUUAUGAUGAGACCAGGUGGAGAUGUGAAUCAAUACAACGACUGUGCGACGAGCACGCGAUAGCUAGUGGGUUGUCAGAUCCAUAUCGGUGCGCGCUGCUGGUUGAUCGUGCCUUGGAUAUGAUGGCAGUGUUCAAGUCAGACCAGCAAAAAUUGCGAGAAUAUAUGAAUGAUAUGAGUAAUCAAGAAGAUGUGCCAUACGAACUUGUGCGCGCUACUGAACAACUUUAUAAUGAUCUAGAAAAGUGUGUGACGGCUGUUAAAAAUGCCACUGGCCGAGAAAUGACCGAUGCUCUUCUUAACGACAUCCACCUUGAUGAUACCAUUAAAAACGUCAUUCAAGAGAUUGGUAAUAUCCAAGAGGAUAUCGUCCAGCCAGAUUACUGUACAGCUAUAGAACUUAUUGAUCAACUACAAGCGGCUGCCCAUGAAAGUGGUCCAGAUGCAGCUAAUAAUGUCGAGCUGUGGACAAAGGUCAGAAAUCUAUUUAAAAGAAACCAAUGUUUGGCGCACAAGGUCACUUCGUUGAACAUGCACAAAACUGAAUUGCAGUUACAGCUUGACGAAAUGACCGAGAGCGCCGAAAAAUUAGAGAAACAAACAGAAUUAGUAAAACAAGAAGUUCGAAGGAAAUCGACGAUGCUCGAUCUACAUGAGUCCAUGAUUGAACAACAUUGGGACGAGAUCAACACUAGUACAGACGUGGUAAUCAAAAGCCAGCAGAAUCAAGAAAUCAGCCAGGAGUUGGAAGAUCUUCAGCUGGAAUUCGAUAACCUUGACUUAGAAAAUAGACAAUUUGAAAAUGAAUUGGUUGAUCUUAAAGACGAAUUAACUGAAUACCAAAUUAAAUGCGACAGCGUAGAAAAAGAAAUCCAACAGUUAGAAAAACAAAAAGUACACAGUUUAGAUGAAUAUGCUAAAUCAUGGGGACAUCACAAUGCUAAGCAGAAGAUAAAAUAUACCGGCAAACUCAUUAAAGAUUUGGACACCAUUACUCAGGAAAUCAAGUUAUUAGAAUUAGAAUUAGAAAAUUACGAAGAAAAUGUUAAUAUGAGUAAUGAUGGUUCAGCUUUUGUUCGUAGCCAACCAAAGUCUGAAAAAAUUCCCCGUUCGUUCGGUCUCAUUGAUCCCAACAAACGACAUUCUAUGAAUAGUGUUUUCCGAGAAAACGUUGUUCGCAAAAUAAGGUACCAGUGAUGAAAAUAAUAUUGUUAUACAUUCUAUCAUACUGUGAAAUAAUUUGUAUAUCUUUCAUUGUACGACUGAUUUUUAUUUGUAUUUUAUACGCUCAAUUACUAUUUGUUAGUUAAAUCAGUUAAUUAUUUCUAUUGUAUAGUUCUUGAUGUAAUUUUUUUUUAUUUUAGAGUUCUUGUUUGAUGUAUUAAUGUUAACAUUUGUUUAAAAAAUGAAUUGUGCCGGCACAUUUUUUAAAUGUUUCUUAUAUUGUAUAAAUUGUUUUGAUUUUUUAUAAUAAAUAGGUAUUUUUUAAUUUUUGGUAGGCAAUUUACCUCAUAUUCUGUAAAUUAAUUAUAAAUUUGAUGAAAAUGUAACAUUAUUUACAAAUUGACUUCAUGUUAUUACAAAUGUGAACGUAUUAUUUAUAAAACUAUUUUAUUAUAACUUACGUAGCUAUGUUAUAAUUAGAAAUAUGUUUAAACCGACAAAUAAAUUUAAAUUAUUUUAUUCUAAAACUUUUAUUUUUUAACUUAUUUUUCUUUAAUUUUGAAAAUAUUAUAGUAAGGAGAAUGGGCGAAUAGCGACCAUCACAGGAAAAUUUGCAAUAAAAAGUAUACCAAUAUAAUUAAUUAUUGAUUUAUA